CUGAAAACUUUAACGUCAACGUCGCGCAUUUCGUGUGAAUGAUGCUUUACUAAAGCACCCCCAAUUCACAAUAAGCUCACGAAUUCGAUUGACAUCGUGCAACAAAUGACCCGAAACGCCCUACGUUGUAUGCAUGUGGGGGUCCAAAUCUAUUUUCGUCCCUGCAAUAAAACGCAGUAGGCUACGUCCGAAGUGGGGUAUCUAGUCAGCUGGGUAUAGCACCACGUCAAAACAUGACGUCUAUUCCGCACCAUUAAAUCAACAAGAGAAAGAAAUUACAAAUUUUACGUUUUUAUCGUUCGAUUCAGUGCUAAAAAUGUCCAAAGUAGGCACCAGUCGCGACUAUCCGUGUCCAGCGUUUGCAACGAGUGGAAGAUGCGACGAACAAGAUGCGUUGAGGGUUAUGGAACAGUUCAAGGAUUUUUACGAAGGGAAGUUGAACGAAAUUGAUGUCCAGGGUGGCGGUGACUGCCUAGAGUUGAAGUUGAAAAUCCAGAAAAGAUGGAUCGACGACCUGACCGAACAGACGCAGAUGAUGGCACGUAUAGUGAAAGAACUGGAGGACGAAGCCACCUCCAGAGUACGCAUGUUGGAGGAUAAGCUGCGCCAGACUUCGAAAAGUGCCUAUGAAGUGAUGAAAAGGUAUCAAAACUACAGCAUUAGCCACAACUUAGAUGAACCUUUCCAGAAAGUUUUCUAUCUCGAGAACGAUUUGAAAAACUUGCUGGAAUUUCUAAGACGUGUUAGGGAUGAUAAAAAAUGGAGCAUCGACGGACUGCGCUUUUACGAUGUCACAUACAAGGAUCUGUUUGGUAAAGGCAACAGUUGCGAUUGUGAGGAAAAGGACGUCGACCCGCUAACUAACGGACUGAGUUUGAAAACAAAGGACGCACCGCCAAUCGAGGAUACCAGGAAACCCGAAAAUGCUGACGAUGAUAAUAAAACCCACGAAGAGUUGAUCCAAAUGCUGAACAAGAAAACUGAUGAAUACGACGAACUUCGACGAUCCAUGUUGGACAUGCGCAAUGCCCUAACGGAAGAAGUAGCUUGCAAACAUGACAUGAUAUCAGCACUUAAAAAAGACAUCCAACAAUUAGAAGAAAGGUGCGUUCAAGCCGACAAACAAACGGCUUUCAAAGACGAUAUAAUUAAGGAACUGAGAAAAGAAAUCAAGCAUUUGAAACAACAGAAUAAAGAAAAAGAAACAAACCUUGAGCAACAACUGGAAGAGGCGAAAACCACGAUAAAGCGAAUGAAACCUAACAAAGAAGUGGUGUCAACCUCCACGGAGAUGGAAGACGAGCAACUGGUAAUUAAAAAAUCCAAACUGAUGCAAAACAAAGACGACAUCAUACAAAUCCAAAACGACACACUUAAUGUUAUUGACCUUGAGUUGCAGGCAGCCCGAAAAAGAGAAAAAGAUGCAGAAGACGAAAUCGGUCGCAAACAAAAUGAGAUUGAGGAGUUAAAAUGCAGAUGUCUGAACCUGGAAAAGUCUUUGGCCAGUGCUCAAGGACGUGCCGACAACUUGCAAAAAGCGGUGGAUCUAUAUAUCAAUUCCAUAAACGUUUUGGAAGCGUCCGAAGAAAAAGCUAAAAUAGAGAUUGAGCAACAAAAAAUGACGAUUACUAAUUUGCAAGAAGCUUUGGUUAUUGUGAAACAAGAGCUGGACGAAUUGCGACAAAAUAACCAACAAGAAGUCGAACACUACCAAUAUCUGUGUAAUGUAUUCUACGUGAAUUUAAUAGACUUGGAAGAGCAAAAUAAAAUUGCUGAACACGAGCGAUCCCAGAUAACCGAUCUAUACAAAAAGCUUCAAGACUGUAGUUUGGAACUGGAAAUUGAUCACUUUAACGUUUUACAGGAUUUAGCUAUUUUAGAAACCCAACUGUACAAAUACCAAGCCGAGUCGAAGGCUCACGAGGACGAAAAACUAGCGGCCAGAGAAGAAUCGAAAAAAUUACAUAAACAAAUUCGCUACUACGAGCACGUAGUUGACUGUUUUAAACACGAAAUGACAGUCAUGUCUGAACAACUGAUCAACUUACAAGAAAUCUUGAAGUUAUCAAACCAGUCAUGCCGGGAAGAGAACGGACAGUUAUACGCCGCUAUCCACGAAUUGCAAAAACUAAGCGAAAAGCUCCAAGCAGAGCUAGUCGACACCGAGAAAAAGGUUCUCAUUGAAAACCAGAAAAACCAACUUAAGGACGCUAAAAUCGGUGAACUCCAGUUGAUUAUUGGCCAGAAAAACGUCGAUCUGAAUAUUCAUGAUGAAGCGAUCAACGAAAUGAAAAUGCGUCUAGAAAAAGCCUUGAUGGAAAAUCAAGAACUCCAAAAUACGGUAGCGGCGUUAAAUACUAACGUGACGCAGUUACAAUGUUGGAAUGGGGACAUCGAAUGCACGCGAAAAUCAUCCAGAUCCAGAGGAGUUUCCUGCAGGAGGAGCCAUUCUGAGUGUAGAGAUGAAUGUCAAAAGACAAGCAAAAGAGUAGACUAUUUGGAACGGCAAGACACCUCGAAAAUGAUACAGAAAGAGAUAGAUAGAGUGAAAGAGAAAAACAGGGAGAAGAUACGAAGUUUGAAGCGUCAGAAUGAAGACCUUAAGGAAAAAUUAGCCACUAGUGAAUUAACCAAUCAGCGUUUUGCUGAACAACUCACAUCGUUAAGGGAACAGAUGUCGCAGCUAACGCAGCGAGAAUGUUCCAGAGAACAAGAAUUGGUACAGAGCAAACAAACUAUCAUCGAACUGAGACAAACCAUGAUUGAAUUAAACGAAAGUUUGGCCGAGAGCGAGUUACAUCACAUGGCGCUUGCCGAAGAGUAUCACAAGAACAAAACAAAUGAGAAUCGUCAACAAGAAGACAUCUAUUUAAGCUGCCGUUGCGAAAUUGCGUUAUACAAGAAACUGGCCGAUAACUUUAAAGAAGCGCUCUUGGACACCAAGAAGAAAUUGUCGGAAAUGGAAGUCAGAAACAAGUCACUGAAAGAAGAACUCAAAAACAAAGAUGCGAAGAUCACAGAAAUAGUAAAAAGAUCCGGAAGAAAAGAACAAGAAUCGUGUGAAUGCAUCGAACUCAUGAAAGAAGAAUUGAAAGAAGCUCGAGAAGAAGAAAAACGUUUGUCUAUACUGACAGAACAACUGCAGAAUGAACUAACAGCAUCUCACGAAGAAGAAAAGCGCUUGUCUAAAUUCAUCGAAGACUUGAAACAGCAAGUACAGAAGAAAAUUGAAGAAAAGAAAGAUGUAGAACGGGUUAUAAUUAACUGUUGUGACUGUAACGACAUGGGCGCAACUCAGGAAGAAAUAAAUUGUUUGAAAGUCGAAAUAAAGAGUAUGUUACAAAACCAGUUAGCCCUGAAUACUGAGAACGACAAACUUUUAAAACAACUCGGUUGCUUACAAACGAACGUACUGUCACUAGAAGAUCAAAAUCAUCACCUGAAACAAAAAUUUCAAAAGUUACAGGAUGACUGUCAGAAACUGAAAGAAAAAAAUAUGAUUCUUUUGCAGGAAAGGGAUAGUUAUGUCCAAACAAUAAAAAAUUUGGAGUUUGAAUUGGCAGAAGCGAAAAAUAACCGUGAUGACCUCUGCGCAGAAAGUAGACACGUUGUUAACAACGUUAAGGCGUGGUUGCAAGAACAACGAAGAAUAAACCAAAAAGUUAUGCAGAGGACUCGUUGCUAUUGUGACACUAUUGCUAAAUUGAAGGAAGAAAAUGAGAAUCUGAUGACGGGACGUCCUUUGAUAACUCCCACUUCUUGCAAACCGAAAUAUGAACGACUAAUUGCAGCUUGCGUACCAGCUGAGUAUCAAACCUGCCAAAACCCGUGUUGUUUAGGAUUUAGUUUAGGAUCCGAAGGAAUCGGUUCGGUGGAUAUUAGUCCACCCAAUAGUCCAGCGAGUUGCAUUUGCAGCGUGGAAGAUUGGUAUUCCCCAAAUUACAAAGACGACGAUGAAACUGAUGAUAAUGAACAUUUUAUCGACACUGUCGAAGCAAUUACUCACGAAAUCAAAAAUAGUAACAAAAAAUGGAAAAACAAGUGCCAAGAGUGUGUAGUGUCGAGAGAUAACAAGUAAUGUAGUGGUUACUCAUGUAUUUUAAUUAUUUAUUGUGAACAUUUUUCUACUUUUAUAACAUGUAUGGUACUGCUGAAAAGCGAUUAUAACAAAACAGAAAAAAUGUUUUUUUUUUGUUUCGCA